AUGGUGCUUCAUCGGGCCAUCCAGGCUGCUCGAGCAGGGGAUCUUGCAACCCUGAGGGAACUGGCAUCUUCUGGUUACCUCUCACCUGUCAUCACCGAUGCUCAAGGUGCAGGCCCGGUGCACCACGCAGCAAGGUGUGGACGUCUGGAGUGCCUGCAGUUCCUGGUGAGCGAGGUGGGGCUGGCAGCUGACGCCCGGGCCUUGAACAGAGCCACACCAGCACAUGAUGCAGCAGCUACUGGCCACAUCCGGGAGCUGCAGUGGCUGAUAGACCAGGGAGGCUGCAAUGUUGAGGAUAGGGAUGCUGCUGGUGCCACCGCGCUUCAUCUCGCAGCCCGGUUCGGUUGUGUGGAGGUCAUUAAGUGGCUGCUUUCUGUUGGAAGUGCAGCGGAGGUGGAGACAAACUGUGGAGCGGUACCUGCGCACUAUGCUGCAGCCAAUGGGGACCUCACCUGUUUAAAACUACUCGUUCAGCAGGCACCUGGGUGUGUGAACCACCAGACUGUCAUCGGUGCUACCCCGCUUUACCUGGCCUGCCAGGAAGGCCACCUGCAUGUUGUCGAGUACCUUGUGAACAGCUCCGGGGCUGACGUCCACCUGACGGCCCACGAUGGCAUGACCUGCCUGCACGCUGCUGCUCACAUGGGCCACCAGACUGUGGUGAUGUGGCUGGUGAGCCACACUGAUGUCAGCCUGUCCUGCCAGGACAGAGAAGGAGCGACUGCGCUGCACUUUGCCGCCAGCAGAGGGCACUAUUGUAUCUUGGAGAGGCUGCUUCAUAUGGGUUCAAAGGUGAUCAAGGAUUACUGGGGAGGGACCCCGCUUCAUGAUGCUGCAGAGAAUGGAGAGCUGGAGUGCUGUAAAAUCUUGUUGGCCUAUCAAGCAAAGCCUUCAGACCAAGACAUUGAUGGAUUCACUGCUGCAGACCUGGCAGAGUACAAUGGACACCACGAAUGUGCCAGAUAUCUCUGUGCCAUGGAGAAAAAUAAAGCCUGUGCAGAUAAGCCCAUCGAGGUAAUCACACCAGUGGAGGAAGAAGUGAAGGUGAAGCCUGCUUUGUUGUCACAGUGCAGCAGGGAGGACUACUACGGCAGCCUGAGCGACACAUGCAGGGACAGUUACAGCACUAACACACCCAUGGAUAGUUUAAAGCAACCUGAGAGUGAGGAGUCCCCGCAGGCGAGAUACCCUCAGCCCCUGUCUGCACCUCCUUUACCUUCUGCUUCAUCCACACCCACCCAGCCAGAGAGAAGUGCCGUCAACAGGAUAGAGGAGGUUCACAUCGCAACAUCUGUUCUUAAAGGUUUCAAUCAAUCCAAGGCCACUGGGAGUGAAAAAACUGCCUCUGCUGAUAAAGUGAUGUUGCCUGAUGCAAACCUCCUGGCUGAAAGAAAACUCCUUGGUGACAUGAAGUCCAUUAAAUCCUUAAAACAAUCAGGAAUAUCAGGAGUCUUCACCGGACAAGCAAACAAGAUGGUGGUUCUGCCCACUGAGGAGGCCAACCUGUCGGACAUCGACUACCUGGUGCCCACUCACGAUGAGAGAGGCCGUCCCAUCGCUGAGUGGAAGAGGCAAGUCAUGGUGAGACAGCUUCAGGCCAGGCUGCUGGAUGAGGAGGAUCAGAGGAGGAAGGAAAAUGGGAACAGAUACGCCAAAGUCAGCUGGAGGUACUCCCAAGCCCACAAUGCAAUCCUGGGGCCCUCUGGUGAGCUGCUGACUGAGGAUGACCUCAUCUAUGUGGAGCAGCAGAUUGCCAACGUCUCCAUGCAGAGGAACUGUGAGGGCUACGAGCUGGAGCUCGCUCGUCUGGCUGAGGAGCUCCGGCACAUCCUGCCAGCCCCCAUAGUGAACAUCACCGCCAACACACAGUUCAGAAACUUCUCAAGUCAGGUUCCUCUACCUUUGUGGUGCGGCCGCAUCUCAGGCAUCGUGAAGAGCAUGUCUCUGCUCAUGACCAACCUGACGGACCAGCCCUACUGCAAGAUGCCCAACACCGACCUGAUCACUGUGUUCUCUCAGACGCCACACAGACAGAACUCCACCAGGGGACGCAGGGAGAGGAUAGAGGAUGAAAUCCAUCAUUUCGGAGUGUCUGUGAGGACUCUGAAGUCUAAUUUUGAUACACAGAACUUACCUUUGUCAGAUGAGCCAGAGGAGGCUGUCGUGUUGAGUUCUUCCCCGCAACUCGAGGCCACAGAGUCAGACAAACAGCCUAAAGUCUUGAGUCCGGCCCCAGAAACAGACCAGAACAGUGACUCUGGCAUCGACUAUGAUGAAAACGUUACAGAUGUCCUAGAGACCACCAGCCUCAGGAAGGAGCGUAUAGUCGUGUUGUUCUUAGGCCACUGGAAGAAGUCUGCCUACACUGUGACACUGAAGAGCAAAGAUGCAGCGGAGAGGAAGAUGAGCAGUGGAAGCUCGGGGAUGGGCGAUGACAAAUCUGUGGCAGAUCGCAGGAACAGUGUGGAGAGCGCCCAGUCGAAGAUGAUGAACAGCUCUCUGGGUCAUUUCUUCAAGCAGAGGAGUGCUGUCAACAAGAUGCUGGGAAACUGGAGGAGCAUGAUCUCCAGCGUCCCGUCCAGACAGAUUCGCAGGCUCCACAGGCAGAAAGCCCUCUACUCCCCGGAGCAGUUCCUGCCUCGUCUGGAGGGAGUGUUGGUGGAGUACGACAACCUGACCCUGGAUCUCUUCAUGCUGGGCUACUUCCACAUCCUGGAGUUGGAGCUGCCUGUGGACGAACGCAAAAUGAGACACCUGCUCUGCUUCGAGGUGUUCGACCACGUGGGGAGCUUCCCCUGGGAGCUGGUCAGGGACUUCCACAAGGCCGUCAUACAAGACAUCGAGACUGGAAACCGUGAGUGGAAGGAUGGCUUUGAGGACAUUAAAGUGAAGUUCUUUGGAAACACUGUGAGUCAGUCUGAAAGCCCUGUAGAGGUGGUGAAACAUACCCUCCCAGAGAUUAGACAGGUCCCUAAGGUAAUUGUGCAGACACCUACGCCAGAUGAGGGGAUGCUACACGGUGGAACUGACAUCUCCAGUUUUAGCAACGAAGAAAUCUGUAAAUACAUUGACCGUAGUUUUGCUUUUUGGAAAGAGAAGGAGGCAGAGAUUUUUGAUUUUGAGUAGUGUCAUCUUUUUGAUAUUUUUGUAUUGUUUGAAGUUAGAUUACAUUUGGGCUGGGUAUCAAACCUAAAUGCUGUUUGAGUUGUGAAUUGAAUUGUUGUGGUGAAAGCUAGUGCAGAAUGCUUAGCCAGAUUCAUAGCCAUGUUUACAUAUUUGAUUUGAAUGAUUGUUUUGUAAAUUUUAUACUGUAUUUUAUUGUGUUAAACCAUUAAACUCACUAAAAUUUGAAAAGGAUUUUUAUGUUUCUACAUAGCAAUAUUUUGUAGAUAUUUUUGGUACAGCUAUUAGAACUUAAGUAUCGAAUUUGAACCAUACCCAGCCCUAUAACAAAAGCCAGAGUGCCUGAAGUGUUAGUAUGUGUUUCUGAGAGUAAAAACUAACUGAUAAGAUUCACUGACA